AUGGGAAAGAUCCAUAGAGUCCGUAAAUCAGCAAAAAAAUUUAAAUAUCAUGAUAAAGGGCUUGGUGUUCUCGACUCCUUCCACUUUGAAGAUAGCCCCCAAAAAGAUGAAGUGGUUCCUGGGUCUCGUAAUGCUCAUGGAGGUUCUGAUCUUGCUGAAAGUUCAUCAUCUUCCACUGCCUUUUGUGUUAGCAAUCACAGUAACAAAGGUCUCUUCUUCUUCAACUCACCCGUCCAUGUGUCACAUGAAGCCUCCUGUGAACCCUCCGUUGAAAAAGUUGAUUGUUGUACGCAUGAUAAUGAGGAGGUAGCAGGUCCUGUUCACGUGUUUGGUGAAGAAAGGGUUCCUAUAAAUCUUUUUGAAGAUUCUUCUAAUGCUCCCCAAGAAGUUAUCGAAUCAGAAGAUUCUGAUGUCGAGGAUUUGGUUUGCGAUCUCCCUUCUACCAGAAUUCUCUCUCCGGUUGUGACGACGCCAACCCCUCCUUCCGGCUCUGCUUCUGAUGAACCCUCGUCGCUGACCUUAUUGACGUUGGAAAAGCGUGAUGACCAGGUUAACUUGCAAUGA